AUGGUGGUCCUGCGAGCUGGGCUCUGCCCCGGUCUCACCGAAGAGAUGCUCCAGCUGCUCAGGGCAAAUGGCAUCAGGACGGUGGUGGACUUUGUGUCAUCAGACCUGGAGGAUGUUGCCCAGAAGUGUUCCCUGUCUUAUAAGGCGCUGGUUGCAGUGAGACGUGUACUCCUGGCCCAGUUCUCUGCCUUCCCUGCCAAUGGAGCAGACCUCUACGAGGAGCUCAAGAGCUCCACAGCCAUCCUGCCCACUGGGAGCCCAAGCCUGGACCAGCUGCUGGACUCUGGGCUGUACACAGGGGAAGUGACGGAGCUCAUGGGAGCACCAGGCAGUGGGAAGACACAGGUGUGCCUGGGCAUCUCAGCCAGCGUGUCUCUCGUCCUCAAGCAGCACGUCCUGUUUCUUGACUCCACGGGUGGAUUCACUGCCUCCCGUCUCUACCAGAUGCUUCAGUCCCGGGCAGAGGAUGAGGAAGAGAAGCUGGAGGCUCUGCAGCGGAUCCAGGUGGUCCGUGUGUUCAACAUCUAUGAAAUGCUGAGUGCCUUGCAGGAGCUGCGGGAUCGCUUCUCCCAGCAGGUGGUGAGCUCCGUGGGACCUCUCAAGAUUGUGGUGAUCGACUCGGUCUCUGCUGUGAUUUACCCACUGCUGGGAGGCAAGCAGUCAGAGGGUCUGGCCAUCAUGAUGCAGCUGGCCAGGGAGCUGAAGACACUGGCCAGGGAGUUCAGCCUUGCUGUUGUGGUGACUAACCAAGUGACAAGGGACAGCAGCACUGGCCCACUGAAGCCAGCCCUUGGCCGCUCCUGGAGUUUCAUGCCCAGCACCCGGGUGCUGCUGGAGAGCAAAGAAACCACCCUGGAGAAAGCCACCUCACAGCGCAUCGCUUCCUUGGCAAAGUCACCCCGGCAGCCAACAGGGAUACAGGUAGAGCUGGAUAUUGGAAAUGGUGACGUGCAGGAGCUGAGCCCAGUGACACCCACACAGAGGCUCUGA